AUCAAAUUACUUCACUUGGGAUCUAUCAAUCCUGUAGUGGCUGUAUAUAUUUGAGGAAGAGAUGUUUUCUAAUUAAUUUGUAAAUACUUAGUUGCUGAUGAAGACUCUAAACCGAGUCGAAACAUACGAACCUCAUGUAUAAGAAAACAAACAUUAAAAAUCAUCUUAUUUUGCGAGUCUUCAAGAAACUUCAUAGAACAAGAUUAAAGACAUUUGAAGGCGAUGAAUAUGCGUUGCAAGUUGUGAGGGAUCAGAUAAACAAAGAAUACAAAAAAUAUAAAAGUAUCACAAAUCAGGCAGUGAUUAAGGAGUUAAAUAAAUUCGCUCAGGAAGUCGAAUAUGAAAUACGAACGACUGUCAUACAAGCGGUCGAAACUGUACCUGGAAGAUUAGCACUACGACUUACUCCAGAUGUCUUAGUAGAUAAUGUGCCUUAUAAGGAUCAAAAAGAUGAUAAAUUAGACAAAGAAAGCAAAACCUAAAUUGAGCUGCUCAUAAUCUAUGAUAUUGAAGGAUAUCGAACAAGAGUAAAAAUUAAAGUUAAUAUAUUAUGAAUAGUUAUUAUAGUGAAAUCACCUAGACAUCUGAUCAUUUAAAAUUAAAAUUUCUAAAUAAUGUAAUAUAUAAUAUAAAAAAUACAU